UAUCAUUUAUCGUCGAUAAUUGUUGAACUGCUAUCAGUAUUUCGCAGAGCGCCAAACAUGGCGGUGACACGACGGGUGUAUAUUUUUAGUGCUUUUCUUCUAAGUGUGCUGUCAGUUUUAUUGAUAUUAGUGGCUAUAUCGAGUGAUAGUUGGGUAGCGUCGACGGCAACAGCUGAGGUGCAGAAUCGCGAUAGCACCAUCAGAUAUGGCCUGUUUAGAGGCGAGCUUGGUCUCCACAAUCUUAUCACACCAACCUUCAAUACUUUAUUUAUGACAUGCAUACCAGAGUUAAACUCGUGUGCAGUUAGCUGUAAAACUGAAGCGAAUGCAAGGAACGCAGAGGUGCGGGCUCUAGCCCAGGGCUAUCGGCCGACGCCUGCCUGUGUUUCUGUCACAGACGUGGACACAAGCGAUCCGCUUGAGACGCCGCCUGUGAUAUCAUUCGCUCUGUACGUGUGCUUGCUUGUGUUCGUCUUCCUUCAGCUGGCAUUCGCCUUGGUCGCUGCGGCGUUGGCUAUCGUGAACGCCACUAAGAACCCCACAGAACCAGUUUUCGGUCUGCCAGGAUGUCUCUGGACUAAUUUGGCGACUGCAGUAUUGGGUAUUAUAACGCUCUUGUUGUUCGGAAUAUACUGGGCGACUUCAGGAUUGAAAGACCAUUUAGCGGUAUCAUACAUAGCUCUGGGCUUAUUCGUGCCGGGACCAGCACUUGGUUAUUCGUAUUGGUUACUAAUAUGCUCAGUAUUCUGUAAUUUAAGCAAUGUGGGCCUCAUUCAACUAAGAGCAUAUCUUCUGGAAAGAGAUCCCCCGCCGCCAGAAAUCAAAGUGGACAACCACCCUUCGGAUGGAACUAUUUUUAUUUAUUAAAAAUAUGUGUUUUAAAGGUUUACUUUAAGUUGUCAGUCGUUUAACAAUGAAUGCAUUUACUUCAUUAAUCAUUUUACUAAAUAAGUUCCUAACUCAACAGAAGUAGGAAUAUAAUAAGUAGGUUUAUUGUUCUCGUUGUUUCUUUUUAUAAAGAUGUAGAUGAAUCGUCUACGAAGAGAACAUCAAAGAUUUUACUCCUGACGUUUCGAAGACUGCCAUCUUCAUGGCCACGAAGCUAGUUGUAUAAAUUAACAACCUUGUUGUUGAAUGCC